GUUAAUCGUGCUAAAAGUUGUGUAAUUAUUGUGUUUAAAGUGCUGUUUGUCGUGUUGAAAAGACUGCUCGUGUUUUGUGAUUAAAUUUGUGUGGUUUGGGAGCGAGAAAGCUUGAUUUUCUAGCGGACACGUUUUCCUUGCGGAUCCGGUUUCGGGAUGGCCCCGCGAAGACACAACAAGAACCGGCAGCCCAAGGGCCCGUACUACUUCUUCAUGAUGGAGUACAAAAAGAAGAAGGAAGCCGAGGGUUACACGUUCCGGGGCGGUGCCUUCGAGCUGCAGUCCAAGGCGUCCCCGCACUGGAAUAGAAUGUCCAAUGAAGAGCGCGAACCGUACCAGAAGAUGGCCCAGCAGCACCGUGAGUUCUUGCGGGAGAACGGGGAGCGGUACACGUCGCAGGGAGUUCCGCUGUCCGUGGUCGAGGCGGAACAGAAGGCCAAAGAGCAAAAGGCGGACACCAUUAAGAAUACCAUCGCCGGCAUGCUGGACGCCGGAGUGGCCAGCAAUGAGCUUGAAAAGGUGGAGUUCUUCUUCAUCUCGUUCGCGUACUUUUGCGUGACCUCGAACGGCACCUACAUUCCGGCCGAGAUGGGCCUGGUGCGGUACAGCCUGCGGGACGGCGUCAAGGACCGGCUGCACAUGUUCAUCGAUCCGGGCAAGUUGCCGCUGGGCUUUUCGUACGAUGCCAAGGUCCACAGCGAGUCGGACCACGGGUUGCCGAUUCCGCCGGACGCGAUGGGCGAAAAGGACAACGACGAGAUCGUGCUGCGGCUGUUCAACUUUUUGUCCCAGGGCGAGAAGAUGCCGCCGCUGUUUACGGAGACAACGGAGAUCAAGAUGGUGGAGAACAUCCUGAAGGGCAUUUUGACCCAGGCCAACAUGGAUGAAAACACGCUGCUGGUUUGUCCGCUGUCGGAGUUGUUUUACCAGCUGAAGCGCGCCACCGAGAGCUUCGGAAUGGACAUCAAGACGUUCCCGUCGGUCCACAUCGCCCAGGCCAUCAUCCAGAAGGAUGUGUACGAGUACACCAAGGACAUUUCGUGUGACUUCCACGAGGAAAAGGGCAACGGCAAGUACUGCCCGCUGUCCAAGUGCGUCCGCUGGGCGUUCAUCAUCUCGGACAGCUGCUGUCUCGAUCUGAGCAUCGAGAUGAAACCGGGCCGCCAUCUGCCGUUGAACGCAGACACGGACCUGUGCAACACGACCGCAAUCGGGGACACCAGCUCGUACAUCAGCACCCAGUUCGAUAACUGCUCGUUUGUGUCCUCAUCGGAGGUCACCCACCUCACCAACCCGAAGCUGUCCAAGUUGCCCAAGAGUCACUACGAAAAGUACGACGACGAUCGCAUGAAGGACCGCUACUUGUCCAGUCGUCCCUCAUCCUCGGCGGCCAGUUCCAGCUACAGCGAACGUGUCAAGGUCAAGGACGAAUACCCCGCGCUCAACGACAGCAUGGCCAGCAGCAGCAGCCGAGCCCGCGACUCGCGAACCCCGUGGGGAGCUACCUCCUCUUCCUCCUCCUCCUACCGCCGCGAUCCCUCUCCGUCAUCCCGAAGCACGCGCGAUCGUCGCGACUACUCGCCGUCGUCCCGCAGCUCGCGCGACAGACGGGACCGCGAUUACGACCGGUACCGGCGUGACUCGCCGGACCGCCGACGGGACGAGCGCAGCUCCAGCAGCCGGCGCGAACGCGACCGCUACCGUGGCCGCGACGAAUCACCCGACUACGCCCGCGGAGGUCGCGGCUCGCCGGAUUACACCCGCGGAGGUCGCGCCUCGCCAGACUACACGCGCGGCGGCGGCCGUAUCAAGCAGGAGCGCCGUUCGCCCGACUCGUCCGAUCGGCCGUCGACGUCGUCGGCGCGUCCCUCCGGAGGCUACGGCAGGGGUUCGCUCGUGGCACCGCCGGAACCGCCGCGUUCGCCGCCCGGCAGCGACGCCUUUUCGUCGAAAGACUUUCCCGAGCUGGGCGCCGUCCGGAGCGCGGGCCGGGGCCAACUUAGCAAGUAAGCGCAGGGGCGAGGCAGGGAAAUUUUGAGAAAAGUUGACACAUUUCGAUCUACCGCAUGUUUGUUCUAAUUGUAUAUUAGUUUUUUGAAAGUUUUUAUUUCUUCAUUUUCUCAUUUUAACACACUUUCCAUUUCGCUUUUCUUCUGUUUUGUCACCUAUUAACAACAUCAAAUAUUAAGAGCCAAGAAAAGCCAAGGCAACCAGAUUUUGAAGAACCAAAUGUUUUUUUUUACUCAUGUUUGUCAAUUUUGCUAAAAUUACGUCUAAAAUGUCCUAACGGUACAAUAUAUUAUAAGAAUUAAUGUAUCUACAACUUUAGUAAUUAAGAAAAGGCAAAAUACAUUGAGCCAGGAAAAGUUUCUCUCCUUAAUCAAUAGAAUGUAUUCUUACUGGUAAGAAAUAAACUACAAUUUGAAAGAUAAAAUCACUAAAGUGGCCACUCAAAAAAAUACACGCAUUCAAAAAUCUUUAAAAAUAAAAAUGAUGAAUCAAACAAUAAUAGAGAUCAAACUAUGUAACAACAAAAAGUAGAAUGAACCGAAAAGAACCGCACCUCAACGCGAACGCGUGCAAAUUGAACGAAGUUGAAAGAAUCAUGGGCGUGGUUUUUAGGUCCACCACACCCCAGCUAGAGACCAGUGUCUAAAAAGCUAUCCGUAAAUGUGUUACACUACAAACGGCGACUGCGUUUCACGAUAUGAUGAAUAAAGGAAAGUAAAUCCAA